CCUACUUGCUUGGUACUGAAGGCCGUCAUUCGUCAGACUUCCCAGCGGAAGAGUGGAGGAAGCUCUCUUCUUUGCAGUACCAAAUCUCGACCUCGCCGCCGUUGCCGUCGCCGUCACCGUCGUAAGAUCUCUUAGUCCUUAGAAUAAAUCUUGGACUAGUAAGGAUGGUGAGAGUCUCUGUCUUGAAUGAUGCUUUAAAAAGCAUGUACAAUGCGGAAAAAAGAGGGAAAAGGCAAGUCAUGAUCAGGCCUUCUUCAAAAGUGAUUAUCAAGUUCCUCCUGGUUAUGCAGAAGCAUGGAUAUAUAGGAGAAUUCGAGUAUGUUGAUGACCAUAGAGCUGGAAAAAUUGUGGUUGAAUUGAAUGGGAGGCUCAACAAGUGUGGGGUUAUUAGCCCUCGGUUUGAUGUUUGUGUCAAAGAAAUCGAGCCUUGGACUGCAAGACUGCUCCCCUCAAGACAGUUUGGUUACAUUGUAUUGACAACAUCUGCGGGAAUUAUGGAUCAUGAGGAAGCUCGAAGGAAAAACGUUGGUGGGAAAGUGCUCGGCUUCUUUUACUAGAACAGAUAUCGUCCCUCUACCUCAGGAAUAUCCAGGUUUCAGGCUCUCAAAUUACAGAGUUCUCUUUCUGUAGCUCAGAAAAAAGUUUUGCAGCUGUUAUGUGCAGAAUACGUGGAUUUUGUGCUGGAAUCCUAUUUUGCCAGGGACAUUUUUCGAAUUGUUAGUUUGCUUUAAGACUUGGUUGAGCAUGCAUGUUGAUGAAUUUGGUAUCCAUUGCAAUAUCAAGGCAUGUUACAAGUAAUACCAUCGUCUUUUUCGUACA